CAGCUCGAUUGGCUGACGUCUAAGGAUUUUGGAAUUAAGAUCAAAGCAUAAACCAGACCUAAGGCUAGCUGGAAUAAGUUUGACACUCAUGCGUUCCUUAUGUCUUACAGAGUGAUAGAUGUAGGUUCAGAAUGGAGGACGUUUAGCAAUGAAAAGUCAGGAGUGGACCCAUCACGUGUUGGUGGCCCGGAGAAUCCACUUCUCAACGGCGCGGACUUGUCCACGAUGAUUGGACCAGGCACGGGUGCCGCGUCAUUCGAUGGCUUCGGUACCGCCAAGUAUCAAAAUCGGCGUACAAUGAGCAGUUCCGACAGAGCUUUACUCAAUGCGUUUCGCGAGAUCAACGGUAUGGCAGAUCGUAUCAAUUUACCGAAGACCAUCGUGGACAGAGCCAACACCCUGUUCAAGCAAGUGCACGACGGCAAGAAUCUGAAGGGUCGCGCGAACGACGCAAUUGCCUCCGCGUGCUUAUACAUCGCCUGUCGGCAGGAGGGAGUGCCGCGUACAUUCAAAGAGAUCUGUGCGGUCAGCAAGAUAAGCAAGAAGGAGAUUGGUCGGUGCUUCAAGUUGAUUCUCAAAGCUCUCGAGACCAGCGUGGAUCUCAUCACUACCGGCGACUUCAUGUCCCGAUUUUGCUCCAAUCUCGGCCUUCCCAAUAUGGUACAAAGAGCUGCUACGCAUAUCGCUAGGAAAGCGGUGGAGAUUGAUAUAGUACCUGGAAGAUCGCCCAUCUCUGUCGCCGCUGCGGCAAUUUACAUGGCAUCACAGGUACGCCAAACU